AUGAUAAUUUUCUUUGAAAUUUGGCACUGGGCGUGGGCUCUUCUGGGUUGCUAUUUGAACGUACUUCUUGCCUACUUGGCAAUAUUCAAGUCACCGAAGGCAAUUAAAUCAUACGCCACAUUGAUUAUAAAUUUUGCUGCAACUGACUUCGUGGAAUGUGCAUUAGAUAGUUUCCUACAAACCAGAUUGAUGGCAGUGCCUGGUGAAGCUAAACUUAUAUACAUAUUCAAUGGACCUUGUAAAUAUACUGGUUCCUUAUCAUGCGAAGUAGGAUUCAGCUUCUUACUUCACUGCCUUACACAUUCUGUUUGGUCUUUGCUGAUAUCUUUCGGAUACCGAUUUUACAUAUUGCACAAUCCAGCACUGUCUCGCUUAACUUUACUGAAGAUUAGCAUAAUGUUCUACAUACUGUCCCUGGUUCAAGCACUAACUUAUUGGACAUUAUUUGUCCCUCGAAAAGAAAUUAUCCUGCACGCCAAACAAUGGUUUCCCUACUAUGAUCUUGAAACUGAAACUGGGAUUCUAACGGGUGUAAUAGACCUUACAAAUUUUCUUGCAGUCUAUGCAGUUGCACAUAGUUGCCUACCGUUUUUUCCAGUUUACAUAACAAUUUUCUUUUUACGCAAGAGAAUUAUAAAAUACCUAAGCAGUCAAUCUCAAAUGAUGUCUCCGGAUACAAAAGCCGCUCAUUCUCAAUUACUCAGCGCACUUACUGCACAAGCAAUCAUUCCAAUGUUCUUAGGGAUUGCUGUUCUUUUGUAUUUUGCUUCACAAUCAGGACUAUUUACAUCACCAAUUCUUGAAUAUUCGAUAUUUGCAAUUUCUAUUCUAAUGCCCGCAUUAUCUCCCAUCACUUAUUUAUAUUUUGUUCGACCGUAUCGUCGAAAAGUGAAGAGCAUUAUCAGAAACCCAUUCAAAAUAUUGUCAAGACCCCACGAGCGUGCAACAUCGAACAGUGGUGUAUUUUAUUCACGGGAUCAUCCGAUACAUUUCUCAAAAUCUGUGAUUACCGUUCACUAA